GACCGGGAGGUUUCGGCCUGGGGCGGCCCCCGUGACCGCCCAGUCCCUCGGCCACCCUGGCGCGCGCACGAACGGCCCCGGAGCCGGUGCUGGGCAGGCCCGGAGAACGGCCCUGCGGCGCGGCGGUUCCCGUCCGGGAAGGAAAUAUCCCCGUGCCAGGAGGUCCUUCUCUGUCCCGGGUCUGGCUGGAAGACAGUGAAGAAAGUGCCAUGGCCCUCAGGAACAAGAUGCCUCAGGUGAGGUAAGGAAGGAGAGGCAGUUUCCAGAGCGUCAGGACAGAGAGAAGGCCCAGACCAGCAGAAUUCCCCAAAGCAGCAGAAAAUGAUCAUGCCACAGAUAUCAUUUGAGGAUGUGGCUGUGGAUUUCACAUUGGAGGAGUGGCAGCUACUAAAUCCCAUCCAGAAGAACUUGUACAGAGACGUGAUGUUGGAGAACUAUAGCAAUCUAGUGUUCUUGGGUCAUGAAAUUAUCAAACCGGAUGCAGUUUGGAAGCUGGAGCAAGAAGAGCCCUGGAAAAUAAAUGAAGAAAUUCUAAAUCACAACUUCUCAGAAGAACUCUGGCUAGAUAAUAAUCUCAAAAUGUGGCACCACAAUAAUCAAGACAAGCUUAAAAAUGUGGAGAAAGGCCAUCAAUAUGUUUUGGGGAAAAUAUUUCAUUCAAGCAUUAACUUUGUUCAUUUAGGAAUGAGACUCCAUAAAUGUGGCACAAGUGAAAAAAGUUUGAAUCAUCCUUUUGAUUUUCUUAUUCAAAAAAAUAACCGUGGAAGAAAGAAACUUGAGCUCAAUAAGAAAUUGUUAUUCUAUAUCAAAACUGACAGAACCUUUGGUGGAAUAAAAUACUGUGAUUGCAAUAAAUGUAGAAAGGCCUGCAACCAAGAGUCAUGGCUCAUUACAAACCAUAAAACACACAGAGGCGUCUAUUUAUGCAUGGAAUGUGGUAAAGUUUUUAACAAGAAGUCACAGCUUAUUAUACAUCACAGAACUCAUACGGGAGAGAAGCCCUAUGGAUGCAGUGAAUGUGGGAAAGCCUUCUCACAAAAGUCACUGCUCACUAUUCAUCAAAGGACUCAUUCAGGAGAGAAACCAUAUGGAUGUGGUGAAUGUCCAAAAGCUUUCAGUAGGAAGUCACUGCUCAUUUUACAUCAAAGAACUCAUACAGGAGAGAAGCCCUAUGGAUGCAGCGAGUGUGGAAAAGCCUUCAGCAGGAAGUCACAGCUUAAAAGACAUCAGAUAACCCAUACAAUAGAGAAACCCUAUGGCUGUAGUGACUGCGGGAAGUCUUUCUCCCAGAAAUUAAAGCUCAUUACACAUCAGAGAACGCAUACAGGAGAGAAACCCUAUAAAUGUAGCGACUGUGGCAAAGCCUUCUUUUGGAAGUCACAGCUCAUUACUCAUCAAAGGACUCACACAGGAAAGAAGCCUUAUGCAUGUAGUGAGUGUAAGAAAGCCUUCAGCAGGAACUCACUCCUUAUCAGGCACCAGAGGAUUCACACAGGAGAGAAGCCCUAUGAAUGCAGUGAAUGUGGUGAAGCCUUCAUCAGAAAACCACAGCUUAUCAGACAUCAAAUCACUCACACAGGAGAGAAGAACUGUCAGUGUAGCGACUGUGGAGAAGCCUUCUUUAAGAAGUCAGAGUUAAUAAGACAUCAAAAACUUCACUUAGGAGAGAGACCCUAUGGAUGUGUUGAAUGUGGCAAAACCUUCUUUGGGAAGUCACAGCUUCUUACACAUCAGAGAACUCACACUGGAGAGAAACCUUUUGAAUGCAAUGAAUGUGGGAAAGCCUUCACCCAAAAGUCAAGCCUGAUAUCCCAUCAGAGAACUCAUACAGGUGAGAAACCCUAUGAAUGCAGUGAGUGUGGGAAAACCUUCAGUGAGAAGUCAAGUCUCAUUCAUCAUCAGAGAACCCAUACUGGGGAAAAGCCCUUUGAAUGUAGUGAAUGUAGGAAAGCUUUUGCCUGGAAGCCACAGCUUCUUCGGCAUCAAAGAAUCCAUACAGGGGAGAAACCCUAUGCAUGCAAUGAAUGUGGGAAAGCCUUUGUUCAGAAAGUACAACUCAUUAAACAUCAGAGAAAUCAUACAGGAGAGAAAACUUAUGGAUGCAGUGAUUGUGCAAAAGCUUUCUUUGAGAAGGCACAGCUAAUUAUACAUCAGAGAAUUCAUACAGGAGAGAGGCCCUAUAAAUGUGGAGAAUGUGGAAAAUCUUUCACUAGAAAGUCACACCUUAUGAGGCAUCAGAGAAUUCACACAGGUGAUAAAUACUAUGGGUGCAACGAAUGCGGGACUACCUUCAAGAGGAAGUCACAGCUCAUGAUCCAUCAGAAGAAUCAUGUAAUAUAGAAACCACAUGAGAGCAGUGAGUAUGGAAAGGCUGCUAGCAGAUGUCAUGUCUCUUAGUGCUUCUGAGGAUACACACACAGGACAGAAACCUUGUCAUUGCAGUGACUGUUGGGAAAAAAAUUUUAUUGGAAAGGCAUGAGUCACUAAAAAGAAUUCAGAAAGAUUUUUUAAAAAGUAGACAAUAUAAGAAAGCCUUCUCCCAGAAGACACAAGUUAUUACACAUUGAUAGCUCAUCUAUCAAUAACAGAAACUUUUGGUCAAAAGUGAAAGCUUGUUAAAUAUUUAGAAGACCUAAAUAGGUCAGAACAAGUGAGAGGAAGAUUUCAUUGAGGGUAACAUACUAGAGAAUGUGUACAUACGGGAAAUACUGAGUAUUAGAGAUUUCAUAGGCAGAAGUAGUCCUAAUAGUUGGAAGAACUUUAUAAGCAUCAUGCUAUUGAAAUAAUUCAGUAACGAAGUAGUUUGUUGUAUACAAAUUAUAAGAGACGGUCAUUUUUAAAUGAUAGAUAUGUUUUAAGUGUGAGGACAUCUGCUUUCUGCAGUGGUGGCAGAUCAAGGACCAAAUUAACUCUCUGGCCUUAAACAGCUAAAAACUGGUGUUAGACAUGUGACAAGCAGAGGUUUGUCAUUGCUGGCAGAAGGUGGACAAAGUGGUGGCAGUUUCCAGGCUGCAGUUCAGGAAAGGGAACAAGCGUAGUCCUGCCACGUUGAAUAGAGUUGCAGGAUUGGCGUUUGGGGAGGCCAUGGCAAUAGCAUUUGCAAGGAAAGCACUGGAGGGGAAGGAGCCUCCCAGGGAGAGGACUGCAGAAAUGGACACGUCGUCCUGUGAGCAGAUAAAGUGGGCUGGAAAGCAGUAGGCCGAGCAGUUCCUAGAACUCAGUGCAGGGCUGACAACAGUUCCCACCGGCCACAGUCGAAACAACUUUUAACACAUGGGCUUCAGGUAGAAUUCCCGGAAGACUGUUGCCUUAGUAGUGUGGUAAUUAACCCUAGAUUAAAAGCUACUUUGGACCCACAAUGUCUGGCAUGCAAAAAGGCAGGAAACUGUGACUUGUAACAGGUAGAAAAAUAAUCAGUAGAGACAUAGAAAAGACUGUGGUUAGAAGUGGUUAGAAUUAGUAGACAUGGAUGUUGAUAUAGCUAUUAUAAAGCAGAGGAAAACAUGAAUUUGAUGAAACUUGAAGUGGAAGAUAUAUUUUUAAAAGCCAGAUGGGGCUUCACAGGGUGAGAAUUAUUUAAAAUUAAAAAAAAUGUGGGUGGAAUUAAGAACAGAUUAGACAUAGAAGAAGAAAAUAAUGAACCUGAAUAGUAAGAAUAAAAACUAUCCAAAUGAGGUACACAGAGAAAAAAGAGGGAAGGGAAUGGGGGUCCACUACAGUGGUAUGAAAUACAUAUAAUUGGAGUUUCAGAAGGGAAGAGAGAAGAGGAAAAGGAAGUAUUUGAAUAAGUAGUGGCUGAAAAAUUUCCACAUAUGCUGAAAAGUAUAAUUCCACAUAUUCAAGAAGCUCAAAGAACACAAAACAGAAGAAACAAAAUCAUGCCAAUGGACAUCAUGUCCACUUGAUGAAAACCAGUGAGAACCUCAGUAAAGCAACUGAAGCAAAAAAGACAAAGAAUGACAGCACACUUCUGACUAAAGACAGUGGGGAACCAUUUGUAAAUUACUGAAAGAGGAUAAAAAACUUGCAACCUAGAGUUUACCCAUCAAAAGCAUCUUUCAAAAAUGAAAGCAAGAAGAUGUUUCAGGAAAACAAAAGGAGAAUUCAUCACUGUACACCUGCCUUCAGGAAACAUUAAAGUUGUUUUGGGGCAGCAGGAAAAUAACGUUAAGUGGAAAUUUGGAUCUCCAGGAUGAAAGGAAGUGUUCUAGAAAUGGCGAAUAUAUAGGUAAAUAUAAAAGCUAUUUUCCUCAUUUUAAAACAGUAAUAGUCCUGCUUACAGCAAAGCAAUGACAAUGUGUUUUGCGUUAUGAUCUACUUAGAAGUAAAGUGUAUGACCACAAUAGUGCGUAAGUAUGAACCUUUAAAAAUAGUUGAAUAGACUGUAUCAUCGGAGUCAGAAACCCGUUUCCUCUGGGCGCAGGAUGGCUUGUGUUUGUAGCAGCUGCACAGAAUAUGCAUAGUGGCGUUCCAGUGAUGGUUUCUCUGUAGCAGUGCUGUGUGAUCUAUGUAUGAUAAUAAAGUGGUUUCCACCAUCAGGAU